ACUGGCCUUAGUUUCGGUACCUCUGAAACCAUCGCGGUUGCUUUGAGUGAUUUGACGGCUCGUGACAAAUGAUUCUGGCGUAAAAAGGCAUGAGCCUACUCACCUUACAGAUCGGCCAGUGUGGCAAUCAGCUGGGUUUUGAAUUCUUUAACGUCUUGGCGCAAGACAUAGGUGUUGGUGAGCCCGAGACGCGCCGUGACAACGAGUACCACAGCGAGUCGGCAGAUAGGUUUUUCGCUGUUGACCCCCAAGGUGGCCUUCUUGCUAGUGCCGUCCUGGUUGACACGGAAAGAAAGGCUGUCGGUAGGGUGUUGAAGGAUGCCUGUAACAGCGACAAGUGGCACUACACCAGUGGUGCAGCUUACACAAGUGCACAGGGGGCUGGAAACAACUGGGCUCUGGGCUAUUUCGAACAUGCUGAGAAAGGCAUGGACGAGAUCUGCAACCUCGUGAGGUCUCACGCCGAGCGACAGGACUGGUUGGAGGGCUUCCUUCCCAUUUUUUCUCUCGGUGGAGGGACAGGCAGCGGUUUGGGAACCAAGCUCACCGAGGCCCUGAGGGACGACUAUCCGAAUACUCCUGUCGUAACAGCAGUGGUGUGGCCGUUCAAUUCUGGGGAAGUGGCAGUGCAGGCAUACAAUGUGCUGCUGUCUCUGGCACGCUUACAAGAUUCAGCAGACGCCCUGCUUGUACUAAGCAAUGACUCCCUGCACCGAGUGGUCACCCAGCGGUGGGCACUGCGUAGUGCCUCUCUGGUCGAGAUGAACGCAUUGGCUGCCAGACACUUGGCUUGCCUGCUGCAGCCAAGCCGAGCCACAUAUGGACCAUCCAAAUGCCUUGGUGACGUUGCCAGUGAUCUGGGAUGCUUUGGAUCCCUGAAGCAAGUUAGUCUGCUGCAGGUGCCACAGGAGCCACCUGCCAUGGCCGCCUUCAGCUGUAGCUCCUGGCAGGGUCUGGUGCGGGCGCUUGGCAAGAUGCAGCGCUGUCACAGUGCUACUGAUGAAGCCAUGGGUGCUGAAAACAGGCCUCCUGCUUGUGUUGCCUCCCUGGCGGUUGCACGGGGUGAAGGGCUGUCAGCCCUCAAUGCCACUGACCUCGCCCCCCGCCGUGCACCUUUCGUGGAAGAAGGUCGCGAGUUCAAUGUAUGGAUGAAUCCUCACAAAUUUCUGGGUUCUGCGCGUACCCUGUUGCUAGCUAGCAACAGCGAUGCCUGCGUCCCUAAGCUGGACUUGUUAGUGAGCCGAGCAUGGUGCCGAUUCACAGAGGCAGCCUACCUUCAUCACUACACACAACAUGGACUGCAGGCGGAGGACAUGGCUGAUGCAUUUGUGCGCGUUGAACAAGCAAUUGCUUGGUACAAACAACUGUCUCGAUAACAAGGUCGGAAGUUGA